UAUAUGUCCCACACGGCCGUGUGCAGGCAUAGUGGAAUAUUUGUGAUUAUUUACAAUUCGUUACCUGUUUAUCUAUAUUUAUAUAUCUAUUAUUAAUCCGGCCUAACUGUCAGAUACAAGAUUUAUGUAAUUGGAACCGGCUUUUGAUAUAUUUACAAAGGAUUAGAACGUUUUUAAUAUGUAUUAAUCAUUUCAAAGAAUUCUCUCGAGAAAGCAAGAACAAAUACAGAUGUGUAAACGGAACAUCAUCAGAUGUUUAUUGUAAAUAAUAUACCGCCUCCCAUGACGAAGCUAAAAGAUAAUGACGUACACCACAUGAUAUAUAAAGGAGAAAACUUACCGCAAAGCAAAUGUAUUGAGGAACGAAUCGCACUCCGAGCCGGCGCCGCCUGGAAACCCAUCUCAGGACUCAUCUGACACCUCUAUAAAUUUAAUUCUUCAAUUGAACAUAUUAAAUAAAAAAUAUUCCUUUGAAUAGAAGGUUACUGUACAUGCAAAAUGGGACUCAAAGAAAGGAACCACAAAUCCUUGGAUAUGGAGAAAUCGAAGUCUUUGGACGCGGGAAAUAUAGAAGAGGCUUUAACAGCCACAGGUUUCGGAAGGUACAACUUCGGUCUGCUGCUGAUAUGCAGCUGGACGCUGCAGGCGAUGGGUAUGGACCUGUUCGGUACCAGUUUCGUGGUAGCCGCCGCCGUUUGUGACCUCCAGCUCACCAUGCAGCAACGGGCGCUGCUGACAGCCAUGCCGCUAGUUGGCGUGGUGGCUGGCGCGCAGCUGUGGGGCUACAUCUCUGACACGAAGGGCCGCCGGCUCACGCUGGUGUUGUCCAUGUCGGUCGGUUUCGUCUUCGCUGCUCUUAGCAGCUUCGCACCCGACUGGAAGUCUAUGGCCGUACUAAAGCUAAUAUCAUCUACAUUCACGUCUGCAAGUAAUUCUGGUGCGUACACACUGCUGGGAGAGAGCUGCCCGGAGCGUGCUCGAGGUCGCUCUAUGUUACUCUGUACGUGUUCUCUCAUGUGCUCGCAGGCGGUUGUCGCUGUGUUCGCAUAUCCCAUCCUGCCACUAAAAUUCGUCUACUGGAUCGAUUUCUUAAGUAUCACGUACCGACCAUGGCGACUCCUCGCUCUGGUGAUGUCCUUACCUUGUGCCGCGACUGCCUGCCUAUUGCAGCUGUUCCAUGAGAGUCCUAAGUUCUUGGUCUCCAGGGGGAAGACCGAACAAGCUCUGGAAGUAUUGAAGAAGAUAUAUGCUAUCAACACUGGAAAUUCACCAAGCAACUUUCCUAUUACCAAAUUGAUAGUAGACGCGGACCAGACUGUGACUCGCGAGGACUCGUUCGUGAAGGCGAUGUGGGAGCAGACGGUUGCGCUGUUUCGGCCGCCCAUGCUCAGGGAGACUCUUAGGCUGUUCUACCUCGUCACUGUUAUUUAUAUGACUGGCAGCGGCUUCAUACUGUGGCUGCCGUACAUCAUGAACAACCUGUUCUCUGUACUGGAGGUGGGCGGCGGCGACGGGAUGAAUCUCUGCACCGUCAUCAGAUACUCUACAGGACAGACUGAUGGCAAUGAUACUAUGAUCCCAGAACCUUGCAAUGACACGAUCCAAGAGACGACUCUCCUCUCCGCAAUGAUGUAUGGUGCUUUGGCCAGCUCAUCCAACCUCAUCCUGUCCCUGACAUGCGGUGGCAAAAAGCGAGUCGCCAUGAUGGGCAUCCUCGCCAUGUCUGCUGUCGCUGGAGUUCUUCUCAACCUCGUCAGGAUUCCUAUCGCUGGUGGAAUAUUCUUCUUCUUCUUCUUGAUGUGUGCGCUUUCCAUGGGGAUACUUAGCGUCUACUUUGUUGAGCUCUACCCAACACAUUUAAGAGGGAUGGCGUCAUGCCUGUCAGUGAUGCUGGGCAGAUCCAGCGCCUUCCUCGGGGUGAACGCGAUCGGAGCGCUCAUAUCGGCCAACUGUGAAGCCACAUUCUAUGGAUGGUCUCUUCUAUUAGUGACUGCGAUUGGUUUCUCCUGGUAUUUACCGAGAGACAAGAAACCUGCGGAAUGAACGUGAGUUAUGACAAUAUUGGUGUUUAAAAAUUCUAGUAGAUGGCGCUGUCUCCUAUUGUAGGUUCUGCGCUUCUCUAAAGGAACAUACGGACAGACUGAUAAAUCUAAAAGUCUUGUAAUUAAUAUAGAAACUGAAUAUUCUCUACAAUGUAUCUAUACGAAUUUUAAUAGCAAAAUUAAGUCAUGUAUUUCGAAAUUGACUAUUUUAUUUAAUAAAAAAUGUUAAUAAAACCUAUAAAAUUAAUGUUUGCAAUCAAUUUCUUAUUUUUCUACGAAUUUCUAUAAACUUUUCACAUUGUUUUAAAGGAUUCGUUUUUACUUAUUACAAAAAUGUAUUUUGCGAUGUAUUAUACUUACCGUGGGUUUCUAAGGCUAAAAUCUCAGUUUUGAACAUAUUGCUAUCUCUGUUUUGUCAAAGAUGAAAGACAGGGAUGACAAUAUAAUUUACACAGAGAUUUAAAUGUCAGAAAUCCACGGUCAAUUAAUUAGUUAUAAAAUUAAAAAGCAGUAGGUAUUGGAACAGACAAAAGUUAGUUGUCCGGUUUCCAAUUGAUUUGGUCUCAAAUGUGACAAAAUGUGAGUCUUGAAGAGAAAUUUUAGAGAGUAAUUGCAAAAAUAAGAAAACUUUUUGAUACGAACUCAUUAUAAAUAUUCUCUUGUAAAGCUCAAUAUUUUCUCUUAGCUUAGUCAUUAUUAUGUUAAGGAAUUUAUUUCUCAAAUCGUCUUUAAUAAUUUUCUUGUUAAAUGUUUAUAAAUAGAUUCUUUUAGCUUUAAUGCAUACUCGAAAUAGAGUACAUAAGAAAUAGCAUUUAAAUAUAGUUAUCUCUUAUAUCAAUAAGUAAAUGAUAAAGCUGUAAAACAUUAUAAUUAAUUACCAACUUACAAAAUUAAAAAAACUAUGGUCAAAUAUUUGUAUUAAAAAUUGUUAUCACUCUUAAGAUUUGUUCAAAUAUUGAGACGGAAUAUUUCAACAGUUUAAAGAGUGUUCAAAAAAUGCUAUUUAAAAUAAAAUAUAUAUAUUUAUUAUCUAAUUGAAUCAGACAAACGCAAAAAGUAUUUAUGUAAAAGCAAUGGUUACAAUUACUUGUUUAAUCUACAUUUUUGUUGCGUACCUGAAUUUUAUAUUAUAAACUCGACAGUACUCGAUAAAUAUAUCUAGAUUUUACUUACAUUAGUUACUCUGAGACUGUUUAAAAAUUAUAUUAAUAUUGAAACGUGUGUCGAAAAUUUAUUAUAAUAUUUUAAUUACAUAAGUAAAUUUUUAAAAUACCAUUUUAUUAAGUGUUAAAUUGUAAAUACAUAGGUUAAAAAAUUAGUUGUAUAUAUUUUUGUAU